GAUGUGUCUCCCCGGUGGCCUCGGAGAGGACAACGCAAGAUUCAUCCUUCAUUUCGCCGCUCUGACAGUGUACAUGUUAGCUGGCGCUGCAAUCUUUCAACAACUAGAAGCUGAUCUUGAAGUGCAACAGACUGCAGAAUUUUGGCGCGUUUAUCAUAGUUUUCGAAAGUAUCAUUUGCAAGGUAGUCCAAUUGCUCUCCAAAGACUAGAUGAGUUAUUAUACGCAUAUGGAAACGCUUCAUUCUCCGGUGUCAUCAACAAAAGCCGACGAUGGGAUUUUCUUGGCAGCUUUCACUUCGUGGGUACCAUAGUUUCUACAAUUGGAUAUGGAAAUACCACACCGCAAACGAGAGCGGGUAAGGUAGUUGCUGUUCUGUAUGGCCUUCUUGGUUGUUCCGGUGGAAUUUUAUUCUUCAACUUGUUUCUUGAAAGGAUCAUCACUUUCCUUGCUUGGAUUUUGAGAGUGAUACAUAUCCAUCGUUUAAAAAGGCAUAUUCGGAAAAAUUCAUCAAUAUCUCGACGUUCGUUCGGAUCGUCCAAAAAUGAAAAAUCUUUACCAGACAUACUUGAAGAUGAUGACGAUCAUUUAGAUGUCGAUGAAUGGAAACCAAGCGUAUAUUGGGUUAUGCUAUUUUUAUUAUUAGUGUGUUGUAUGAUAGCUUGCUGCGCUGCGGCGGUUUACGUUCAGUUCGAACAUUGGGAAUACUUCGACGCUCUCUACUUUUGUUUCGUUAGUUUCGCAACUAUUGGUUUCGGAGACUUCGUUAGUACACAAAACUCGUAUUAUCCUUACAUUCAUUGGUAUCGUUUCAUUAACUUUAUAUUUUUGCUGAUCGGUUGCUGUUGCACAUACUCCCUAUUGAACGUGACAUCGAUUAUAAUAAAACAAGGAUUAAAUUGCAUCAUACAAAAAAUACAAUGCAGAAAUCAGGAAAUGGCCGCAUCACAUUUACCAAAGAGGAAAUAUUCCUUGUCUACGAUUUAUUUUUCAAAAAGAAGAGGAACGAGGAUAGCAGCAAGAGAUUCGUUUAAAUCAGAUUACUUGGAAACUCCAAGAAGAAUGUCUGGAGAACUGAUUUCUAUGCAAGAUUUUUUCUCAGCGAACAAGGUUUCUUUGGCGGUAAUGCAAAAAGAAUUGUAUGAAAUGGCUCAAUCACAAAAAGGGGCUAGUGUGGGUACGAUCGCAUCUAAUGCCGUUGUUCUUAAGUCCGAUGCAGUUGGCCCUCUGGCCAUCGUUACUGAGAAGUUUAAAAACAAAAUGUCAAGAAAGAAGUAAAACGAUUUCAAACUAUGAAAAGAAAUAAAUUUAUUGGGUAUUGUUUUUUGCUAACUGUUAAUAUGAACUCAUUUGAUGUGUCACAGUAUUAACUAGUAAUACAAUAGUUUUAAAUAAAGA